AAGUAGAUCCGCAGCGUGAGGGACUAGAAAUAUCACCUUGAGCUAGUCUCAGUGUGUUCAGCGGCAGAUACAUCUUUACAAGCAGUUGUUCAGCGAGAUAAGGAAUUCUCCAGUGAUCGCCAUGCCUCAGUCAAAGUCUCUAGACAUGGGCUCUGCCUUCAUCCAGACCCAGCAGCUCAACGCUGCCAUGGCCGACACCUUCCUCGAACACUUGUGCCUGCUGGACAUUGACUCCGAGCCCACCACCGCCCGCAACACGGGCAUCAUCUGCACCAUUGGGCCAGCAUCUCGUUCUGUGGAUACACUGAAGGAGAUGAUCAAGUCUGGAAUGAACAUUGCUCGCUUGAACUUUUCCCAUGGCAACCAUGAGUACCAUGCAGACACCAUCAAGAAUGUGCGUGAGGCAUGCGAGAGCUUCGAGCCUGGCAGCAUCCAAUACAGGCCUAUCGGCAUUGCCCUGGACACCAAGGGCCCAGAGAUCAGGACUGGCCUCAUCCAGGGAAGUGGCACAGCUGAGGUGGAGCUGAAGAAGGGCAACAUGAUCAAGAUAACCUUGGACGAUUCUUAUCAGGAUAACUGCAGUGAGGAGGUCCUCUGGCUGGACUACAAGAACAUUACCAAUGUUGUCGAAUUUGGCAGCAAGAUCUACAUUGAUGACGGACUAAUGUCCCUGCAGGUCAAGGAGAUUGGUUCUGAUUUCCUCAUGUGCGAGAUUGAGAACGGCGGCACCCUGGGCAGCAAGAAGGGAGUGAACCUCCCCGGUGCUGCUGUAGACCUGCCUGCUGUUUCCGACAAGGACGUCCAGGACCUGCAGUUUGGUGUGGAGCACGGAGUCGACAUGGUCUUUGCCUCCUUUAUCCGCAAAGCAGCAGACGUACACGCUGUCAGAGCAGUGCUGGGAGAGAAAGGCAAAGACAUUAAGAUCAUCAGCAAGCUGGAGAACCACGAGGGUGUUCGCAGAUUUGAUGAAAUCAUGGAGGCCAGCGAUGGCAUCAUGGUUGCCCGUGGUGACCUUGGAAUUGAGAUCCCCACAGAAAAGGUCUUCCUUGCCCAGAAGAUGAUGAUCGGUCGCUGCAACAGGGCUGGCAAGCCGAUCACAUGUGCCACUCAGAUGUUGGAGAGCAUGAUCAAGAAGCCCAGACCCACCCGUGCUGAGGGCAGUGACGUAGCCAACGCCGUGUUGGACGGAGCCGACUGCAUCAUGCUGAGCGGAGAGACAGCCAAGGGAGAUUACCCUCUGGAGGCAGUACGCACACAGCACAUGAUUGCUCGUGAAGCCGAGGCAGCCAUGUUCCACCGACAGGUGUUUGAGGACCUGCGUCGUUCCACGCCGGUCUGCAAAGACCCCGCUGAGGCUAUUGCAAUCGGCGCUGUUGAGGCCUCUUUUAAGAGCUUAGCCUCUGCGAUGAUCGUGCUCACUGGCUCUGGAAGGUCCGCCCACCUGAUCUCCAGAUACAGGCCCCGUGCACCCAUCCUUGCUGUGACCCGUAACGCCCAGACGGCUCGCCAAGCCCACCUGUACCGUGGAAUUUUCCCCGUCCUCUACACCAAACCCGCCCAUGAUGUGUGGGCAGAGGAUGUCGACAUGCGCGUCAACUUUGCCAUGGAUAUGGGCAAGGCCCGAGGCUUCUUCAAAGCGGGAGACGUUGUCAUCGUCUUGACCGGCUGGCGCCCAGGCUCUGGUUACACCAACACCAUGCGUGUGGUUCUGGUGGCUUGAACAGCCCACAGGGCUGCUCUGCUUUCUCCCUCCACCUUCAUCUAUCUUUCAUAGCUCUCCAAGCCACUACAGCUUACAGCCCUUCUUAUCCAACACCUGGGCUCAUAGAUUCAACCCCUGAACAAUUAUUCAUUUAGGCAAUACCGCAGAGUAAGUAGAAAAUAAGAGUAUAGCCCUCGUGGCCAAAGAGCUGUUUCCGGUGGGUUUGGAGGCUUGAUUCGUACAAUUCCACUUUACGUCUCCAUUCCUUUCACAUUUAAUUCUUUCAAUCAAACCAGUCUGCAGGGCCUCGGAUUAAUACACCCUGACCAGAAACUGCUGUAUUUAUUCAUGCAAACACUUGUAUUAUUAAAGGUGAACCAGUGUUGAGAGUGGAUGCACUUUGGUCUGUGUUCAGGUGGAGUUGGUGGGCGGGUCAGGCUGAUCUUAAAAGAGCACCUUGAGUACUGUAUCAGUUUACUAAUCGCACUCCUCUGCCGAAAUGACGAACAAAUUUGUGGCAUCCUAAAUCAAAGGGCUCCACCUACAGAACUGCACUGGCUCCACCACUCCACCCAAACAAGUCCCUUUUAUAGUGCCGUCUGUAUGAAGUGUCCUCUCUUAAUGCCAGCUAUCACUGUGUGUAAGUGUAUCUGUUAGUGUCGCACUCCUAAUCUCCAGACAAUGUUACAUUUUGAUAUUUUACUUGACUUUUGUUAAUGGGGUUUUGUUUCGGGACAUCCAAUACUACUUAUAUUUUGUCUAACUAUAGAGAAAUGUUAGUUUUGGAUGUCCACCUCAAAGGUGUUUAAGUAAGUUACUGUAUUUGUGAUAUUAGAUGUGUCAUUUGUAUCCUAUCUAAGUUGGCACUUGUGAAUCAUGUACGGUUCACUAACGUUGACUGAUGUGACUAAGCACUUUUAGAGUUAUUUUUCUUUGGGGACCUGAUAGUGGGUUGGCUUCCUGUCCCUCUCAACCCCAAUGGGUGAUGGGUAGAACCCCUCUGCUUCUCCUUCUCCUUUUAUGUUGCUGACCCACCGUAGUUGUCUCAUGUCUAACAUGCUUUUGAUUGUAAUGCUAGAGUGUAAGAGCUAACUAAAUGUAAAGGGGUAUUAUGAUGUUUAGCUGGUGUACUGAGCUGUCUAAAGACUGGAUUUCCAUCAAUAAAAAAGAUGAGCACUUACCUUAA